AUGCGAUUUCGUUUUUGUGGUGGUGAAGAUUGUGCUGAUUGGAUAUUGGCAGAAAUAUUUACAUUAUCAAAAUUAAGUUCAGUUAAAUUAAAAUUAUUAUGUCAACAAGUAAUACAAGCAAUAUUAACAGAUAAUUUAAAUUUAAGUGAAGCACAAAAAUUAGUUGGUGAUAAAUUCGAAAGUGGUGAUUUAAAAGCAUCAAUUCGUGCUUUACAAUAUAUUCUUACUAUGUCGGCAAAACAUUCUGUUGAUGGACAGUCAUUAUUAAAUGAACUUACACAACUCGGUUUUCCCAAAGAGCAUGCUAAUGGUUUAGUGAAAGUAUAUGAUGAAAAUUUUGAAAAAUUAAUUGAUAAAUUACGAUCAUCUGUGAUGCGAUUCACGAAAAUGAAUGAUAUUCAGUGGAAUGUAUUUGAUAUACAAACAACUAAUAAUUUACAUGAUAUGCAUUUACCUGUUGUAACAAUGAAUUUAAAUUAUGAUGACAAAAUAGAGAAUCAAUCAAAAUCAAUUUCAUUUUCAAUGAAUGCAGAACAAUUUGCUGUUUUAUUAACUGAUUUACAAGCUGCACGAGAUUUAAUAAAAACUUAUUCAAAAUCUUGA